AGUUCCACUAACAAAAUGAAUGAAUUCUCCAUUCUUGUCCAUUGUUUGAGUGGUGCUGGGCGAACAGGUGUGUUUUGCACUGCUAUGGAGUGCAUCGCUCAGAUAGCUGAGGGAGAUUCCGUCGAUAUUUUCCAGACAGUCAAGAUACUGCGAGCUGACAGGAUGCAGUUCGUCCAAACUGAGGAGGAAUAUGCUUUCGUCUACGAUGUCAUCCGUGAAUACCUGCACACUGAAAACUAUGAGCAGCUUCCGUACCCGAUAGAGGACCACACGUAUGGCAAUGUAGAGAUCGACUAUACACAUGACCCGGAAGAGAACCCAUAUGAGGUCACUGAUCCGCAGGAAGCAGGCGCCACCGCACUCGUGUAUGGCAAUGUAGAGACUGAGAGGAGCCAGGAUAGACCGAAGUCAGAGCCUCAACAACCGUACUCUGUAUACGAGAACGUUACAUUUGAUUCUUAAAUUCAUAUAGUUUUUUGUUGUUUGAAUGGUGGUCUGUAUACGAGAACUUUGCAUUUGAUUCUUAAAUUCAUGAAUGAUGGUCCUGAAAUCUAUGGAUGAAACUGUAUUUGUAGAUAUUUUUGGUUGUGAAGUAUUUUUGUUUUAACCUUAGAAAAUAAAGUGGAACUA